CAGUAAAAAAGAAACAAAAAUUCGUUCAACUCAUCUAUUGUCCAAUCUAUAACCCCUAAUCAUGAGUUUCUUACGAGCAGCAUCCCGCACAAGCACCUUUUUGCGUCCUACUUUCACUGCCCGUAGAACUUCGCCUUUAUUCGCACGCUGGAUCUCGGAUGCUCUCCGAAGCCGCCUUGAUAAGGAUGUCAAGUCAAAGGAUGUUGUAUUGUUCAUGAAGGGUACUCCUGAUCAGCCCAUGUGUGGAUUCAGCCGUGCCGCAGUGCAAAUCAUGACAGUACAAGGUGUUGAUUUCAGCGAGAAGGUGCAAGCUUUCAAUGUGUUGGAGGACGAAGAAUUGAGACAAGGUAUCAAAGAAUACUCUGAAUGGCCCACUAUUCCUCAAGUAUACAUCAAGGGAGAAUUCAUUGGCGGUUGUGAUGUCUUGUUGAACAUGCAUCAGUCGGGUGACUUGGAAGAUCUUCUUGUGAAGCAUAAUAUUGUUCCUGAGGAAGAAGUCGUCGAAGAAAAGAAGUAGAAAGUUGUGAAUCGAUCGAUAAUACACAUAUACUACAAACAUUAAAAGUAAACCGGUGUAAUGUUGUGGGUGUGUCUCGGUAUAUUGUGCACCGAUUUAAUCGUCCUAGUCGGGAAGACCCUUGUUGAGGGAAAUUGUUUGAAUUGCUGUAUUUUGGCUUCAAACCUGGGAUCGUACACUUUUGAAUAGUAGAUUCUAUGUAGUGAAUACGAUUACUGAUACACAUAUUUGAGUGCGGAUUGUGAGUUGUUGCAAGGUAUUCUAG